AUGGGCUCAACAAGCAAGCAUACGCUUCUUCCUGUGCUAGAGCAAUCUCUCAAUCACUGGCGGGCCUACUUUACCCAAAUCCAGCAAAAGGCGGCAGAGGAAGAGCAGACGGAAAUCAUUUGGGCACUCGUCGACGGGUUUCUGCUCUACUGGCAUCCUGAUGUCGUAAAGGAACUCGACGUACGAAUAUUCCUUCGGGUCACCUAUGAUACGUUGAAGAAGCGACGAAAUGAACGUUUCGGUUAUCACACUGCAGUCCAAUUCUCGUCAGAGGGCUCCCUCUGGCAGGACCCGCCUGGAUACUGGGACGACAUUGUCUGGCCAGCGUACCUCAAGGCACAUAAACACAUUUUCAUCGCAGGCAACGUCAGCGAUGGUGAUCCAGUGCCGGCUGACGAGAGCAAUCUGUCAUCGGAGGACUCUCAGGACAAGGAUACAGCUCCCUGCGGACUGCCAGUGGCACGCCUUUUGGUGCUACCAGCUGAGACGUUUCCCAUAGAUGAGCUCUUCGAAAAGACUUGUCGUACUCUCCACGAGUAUCUCUCGGGCGAUUUACGGGACCCAGCGCGAACCCUCUAA